AUGUCCGCGGGGAAACAGCAACAAAACGCCCACGGGGAAUCUAAAGAAAGAAAGAAGAAGGAGAGCAUUCUCGAUUUGUCCAAAUACUUGGAGAAAAAUAUUAGAGUGAAAUUCGCUGGGGGACGAGAAGCUGCAGGAAUUCUGAAAGGAUACGAUCCUCUUCUUAACUUGGUGCUGGAUAAUACUACAGAAUAUCUCAAAGAUCCUGAUGAUCCAUACAAAUUGAACCGAGAUACUCGAAUGCUCGGCUUAGUUGUAUGCAGGGGCACCUCUGUAGUAUUAAUCUGUCCAGUAGAUGGAAUGGAAUCUAUUCAGAAUCCUUUCAUACAACAGGAUGGUUAAUCAAAUUCGUUUUCUUUUCUCCAAUUGUGAUACUUCAGAUUAAAGCAAAAUAUUUUAUUUUGCAAGAUAUCUAGUUCAUCAAGUAUAGUGAACGAAGAACGUUUUUGUAAUGGGAAUGGACAUAAUUUAUUUUACACUAUAAACUAUGUAAACUUAUAUAGUAAAUAAACGCGAUUUUCUUAUAAAUAUAUAAGUAUAAG